AUGGAUCGAGUGCAGGCUUUCGGCAAGACUUUUAGCGCGAGCUUCACGCCCUUUGCGCAGCGCACCCAGCAGCUGAUCAAGGAGCAACUGGGUCAGGUCGAGGACAAGACCCAACUGCCCGAUGAGUACAUUGAGCUCGAGAAGCGCGUGGAUGCGCUCAAGCUGGUUCACCAGAAGCUGCUCCAGGUGACCUCGCAAUACUCUAAUGAGGCCUACGAUUACCCACCCAACAUCCGCGAGUCUUUCAACGACUUGGGUCGCACCAUCAACGAAAAGGUCAACCUUCUUGCGCAGGCCAGCUCUCCUGCCGAGGCUCAGGCCGCUCUCACUGCGCCCCCAAGCGCCAAACCCCAGCCAAAAACCUUCAAUCACGCGAUCGCGCGCGCUUCGCUCGCCGGCUCGCAGACCUUGGCGCAGAGCAGCCAUGGCGAAGAUCCUCUUGCGACUGCUCUGGAGAAAUAUGCUCUUGCCGAGGAGCGAGUCGGCGAGGCGCGUUUGGCGCAGGAUGCGCAGAUCCAAUCGCGCUUCUUGGCUGGAUGGAACACGACGCUGAACACCAACCUGAUGUUCGCAGCCAAGGCCCGCAAGAGUGUCGAGAAUGCUCGCCUCACGCUGGAUUCUAUCAAAGCCAGUAAAAAGGCCGCCGCCCACGGUGACCUGGACAACUUGAGCGAAGAUGCCCGUCAGGAGAUUGAGCAAGCCGAGGACGAGUUUGUUGCCCAGACUGAGGAGGCUGUGAGCGUGAUGAAGAAUGUCCUUGAUACCCCGGAACCUCUGCGCAACCUUGCCGAUCUGAUCGCCGCUCAGCUCGAGUUCCACAAGAAGGCAUACGAGAUCUUGAGCGAACUCGCUCCGUCUGUCGAUGCGCUUCAAGUUGAACAGGAGGCCAAUUACCGCAAGAGCCGCGAAGGCGCGUAA